AGAACAAUAAAAGGAAGUAGCCACAGAAAUUUGAAAAGGCCCUUUAGCGGAGCAAAAAAAGCUAAACGUCAACACGACAAAAAUACAACAAGAACACAAUGGAUGUUCACAGUGACAAGGACCUUAAGAUGUACUUUUAUGAAAACCGGUUGAAAACAUUUGAAGGAUGGCCCUUCGACGAGGAUUGUGCGUGCACUCCAGAGAAUAUGGCAAAAGCAGGCUUCAUCCACACUCCUUCAGAAAACAGCCCAGAUAUUGCUAUGUGCUUCUUCUGCCUCAAAGAACUGGAGGGAUGGGAGCCUGAGGAUGAUCCAGAAAAAGAGCAUAAAUCUCAUUCACCUUCCUGCCACUUCAUCUCCUUGAAGAAGAAAAUUGAAGAUCUUACAGUAGAGGAAUUUUUCAAACUUCAGAAGGAGAGUCGGAAGUUUAUCAUUACAAAAACAUGCAAUGAGGCCAUUAACAAGUUUGAGGAGGCUUCCAAAAAGAGGAGAGCCGAUAUCGUCAAGACAGCUAUGGGAGAAGAAUGACCUGCAUGACAUCUGUAGUGUCUGUGUAUGUGCUUGUUUUAAUGUGCAAAUGUACUUUUAUCUGUGUCUUUAAAUAUGUCUGACUUUUUCUGUCCUUUUUACAUUAAACGUCUUACAACUAA